AUGUAUUGCACUUAUUUGGAGUCUUGCGUUACAGCUUAUCAGAGUUACCAAGUACUUCGGUUUUUGAUCACAUAUUUCUUUCAUAUAAUCCUAUACAAACUGUUGUCCCAUCCCGAUAACUCCCCCAGGCUUACUCGUCGCUUCAGCCUGGAGGGUAUAAAUAAAACCCUUGUUACUUUUCCGUCCGAAGCACUAAGCGAUCGUCCAUCUACACCGUCUAUAUCUGUUCUCGAUGUUUACGACAUAGCUGCUUCAAUUGGUAAAGAAUUUGAGUCUAUCAUUGAUAAAUAUGGGCCGUACUCAGUGUCCAACUUAAUGCCUAAAGUGAUAAGCGUCCUUGAAGAAUUGGAAGAUUUCGCAACAAAGUUUGAGUCUGAAGGAAGAGAAAUUAUUACCCUUCAAACUGCCGUACACCGGUUAGAACUUGAAAAGUUGGAACGUAAAGAAGAUCAAAAGAGGCAUAAAAAGGAGCUGGAACAAAUUGAGGAGACAUGGCAUUCUGAAGUUCAGGAACUUUCCCAACUAAUCGAGAAGUUAAAAGAAGAAAACAAACAACUUAAAGAUGCAAUUGAAGAUAAUGAAGCAUCGAUUAACCAUUCACCGAUUCCAGCUUGUUCUGCAAAUUCUACAAAUGUCGAGGAAAUACAACUUAUGCUACGCCUUAAAGAAGUUAUAGACCGUCAGAAAAUACUAAUUCGUUCAUUACGUCAACAGCUUACUCAAAAACAUGUUGAUUUAGAUGCGAUGCAACAACAAGCCACACGUUUAGCCAAACUGAAUGCAUCAUUACGUCGUAAACAUUUUGUGAGUAAGCAACAAGCGGAUCAAUUACGUGAAGAGAAGCUAACUUUAGAGACACAACUCAAUACAAAAGAUCAGCAAAUUAAACAAAUGGAAGAACAUAUCCAUCAUAGUAAUAAUAAUAGCAAUAACACCGAAUCAUCUAUUUGUAUUGAUAUGUCGAAAUCCUUAAUUGCUGAAUUGAUAUCUCCAGAGACUCCGCCUCCACAGUUAACAGAGGAACAAUUAGUUAAACGACUUAAUGCUGAAGGCAAAAUGAUUAUUGAUGGUCGUAAUCCAAAUCGUCCUCAUUUCACCCUUCAAGAACUUAGAAAUGUUUUAAUCGAACGUAAUGAAUUAAAAACACGUCUGAUUGAGGUUGAAGAAGAACUAUCAGUUUAUAAAAGAGCUGGGGAUGAAGAUCCUCCUGUACAAGGUCCUAUUAAUCGCGAACCGGAUGAGAAACUCUAUGGAACUUUCAGACCAAAUUUAGGCGUCAAAAAAUUUUUCGAAAGUCUUUUAUCGAAAUUAAGUCAAUAA